AUGCUUGAUGGUGUUAGAAAAAAUGUGCUGGAAAACUUAAUAGCACAGGAAACACGUUUUGGUUGGAUUUUGAUAGGUCCACUUUCUAAUAGCACACAAGGUGCUUUCACCACAAGUGUUUCUUUUUAUACUGAUGUCAGGCUAGAUAAACAAAUAGAAAAAUUUUGGACGCUAGAAGAACCACCACAGCAUUCUCCGUUCACUCCAGAAGACGAAUAUUGCGAGGAACAUUAUAAGAAUACAGUCAAACGAACUUCUGAAGGGCGUUAUAUGGUUUCGUUACCUUUUAAACCACAAUACUCAACUGAUAAUUGUUUAGACAAUUCACGAGAGAAAGCAAAGAAACUAUUUUUGCGGAAUGAGGCAUCAUUAGCUAGAAAGCCUGAUUUAAAAUUGAUUUACGAUAAUGUUCUUACUGAAUAUGAAGUUCUAAAUCACAUGUGUCAGGUUAAAUAUGAAGAGUCAGAGGCGUUAAAAACGUUCUAUUUACCACACCAUGCUGUGUUCAAGCCUGAAAGCUCUGCAACAAAAGUGAGAGUUGUAUUCAAUGCAUCUUGCAGGUCUACAAAUGGAUUGAGUCUUAAUGACUUGUUGUAUUCUGGACCUAUUUUGCAAAAUGACAUAAUGUUACUUGUUAUCAGAUGGCGUUUUUAUCGAUAUGUUUUUAAUGGCGAUAUUGAGAAAAUGUACCGUCAGAUUUUGAUUGACCCUCAACAGUCCAGAUUUCACAGAAUUGUUUUCCGUGAAAAUGAACACGAUGAUUUGAAGGAUUUUUAA